AUGCACACUACACACUAUGAACUAUUAAAUAUUCCAUAUAACGCGACUUUAGAUGAAGUGAAACGAGCUUACAAGUUCAAGCUUUUAACCACGCACCCUGAUAAAUUAAGCUCGCCAGAUUCAAAUGGUGCAGAUAUUGCGAAAAUCGUGGAAGCUUACAAUACCUUGUCGGAUGCCACAGCACGAGCAUCAUAUGAUCUACAGCUCCACAAUUCCAGCAAGUCUGCAGGUUAUAAUCUCUCUGGACGCGGGUUGGAUGUGUACAGCCUUGACGAUUUCAGAUUUGUUGACGACAACACCAGCUUCUACAGAGACUGUCCUCGGUGUGAGUUAGUUGAUGGGUUUAUACUUUCUGAACAAGACUUGGAAAACGGCACUUCUAAUGGUGAUGGCGGAUUCGACAUCAUUGCACAAUGUAGCAGUUGUAGUCUAUGGAUCCAAAUUACCUACUUCGAGUCCGAGGAGUAA